UCCUCCUGUUGCUCCUUCAGGGUCCAGGAGUCGUCGGAGCGUGACAGUCCUGAUGGUUUUGUCCCGUCGUCGUCUCCGGAGAGCGUUGCCGACAUGGAGGUGAGCAGGUAUCCUGACCUCUCCUUCAUCAAGCUGGAGCCGCCCUCGCCCUGCCCGUCGCCUACAUUUCCCAUCAUGCCCUGCUCCUGGGGGAAAGGUUCUGCAGUGAAACAGGAAGUGAAGGCGGAGCCUAACUAUCAGGGCCCUCCCUCCUGCUCUAACACAGACCUGGUUACCAUAGCGAUAACCCUGAACCCCGUUGCCACUCAGAACGUUGCAGGUGUCAUGGCGGCCGUGGCGGAGCUGCUGCGGGUCCCCGUUCCCGCCGACUACCAGCUGAGCCGACCCGCCGGACCCGAGCGCAGCUCUCUGGCUCUGCUGGCCGGAGUCCGAGUGCCGCUCACGCAGGGUUCAACAGGAAGUAGACAGCAGAGACCUCCAGCUGCUGCUGGGAAUGCUGCUGUCAGAAUGGACUACAUCCAACAUGGCGGUGCUGCUGCCAGGCCUCAGAGCUGCAGCUACUGCAAGGGGCUGCUGGGAAACGGAGUCCGCAUCAUGAAGGAGCUCAAACAGGAGGGUCAGUCCAGGCCCGGGUCCGGCCCAGUGUUCUGCAGUCCAAACUGCUCUGCGCUCUUCACGUCCGGGACAUCUGGAAACAAGGCUGCAGACGCUCCCAGCAGCGUGCAGCACCACUACACCAACAACAUGUCCUCCAUCGCCGUGCACUCCCUCCUCCACGCUCCUGCCUCACCUCCGCCCACCUCCUCCUCGCCACCGCUCUCCUUCCCUGCCGCCUCCACUAUCACCAUGGAGACCAGGCCACGCACAAACAGCCUCAAGGUGAAGGUGAAGUUAAAGCCCCGCCCCCGGGCGGUCCCGGGUGGAGAGGACUUGAUGUCGUCUCGCCACCUGAAGAGGACGAAGAGCUGCCGGUGGAGACGCUGGAGUGUCAGCAUCACGCUCAGCAGAGGCCCUUGCAUCCCCAGUGAAGCAGUUGCCAUGCCAACAGAGGAGGAAGUGGAUGUGCUGUUGGAGAAGUUGGGGGCGUGUCUCCGUCCUGACCCGUUACCCAAAGACCAGCGCCGGUGCUGCUUCUGUAACCAGCAGGGAGACGGACAGACAGACGGGCCAGCCAGACUGCUGAACCUGGACCUGGACCUGUGGGUCCACCUGAACUGCGCCCUGUGGUCCAGCGAGGUGUAUGAGACUCAGGCCGGCGCCCUGAUCAACGUGGAGCUGGCUCUGAGACGAGGUCUGACUCUGCGCUGCGCUCACUGUCAGCAGACCGGCGCCACAAGCGGCUGCAACCGCCUCCGCUGCACCAACACCUACCACUUCACCUGCGCCCUGCAGGCCCACUGCACCUUCUUCAAGGAUAAGACCAUGCUGUGCCACCUCCAUAAGCCCAGGAUGGUUCCUCUCAGCGGGGACAAGUCCUCCAGCUGCUCCCCCUCCUCCACCCUGGUGCCGACCCCUGACCUGGCGACGAUGGCGGCCUGUGACCCGUACGACUCUGAGCUGCGUUGCUUCGCUGUGUUCCGGCGGGUGUUCGUGCAGCGGGACGAGGCGCGGCAGAUCGCCGCCGUGGUGCAGCGCGGCGAGCGGCAGCACACCUUCAGGGUGGGCAGCCUGCUGUUCCGCACCAUCGGCAGGCUCCUCCCACACCAGAUGAACGCCUUCCACAACAAGAACGCCAUCUUCCCCAUCGGUUACCACGCCAACCGCAUCUACUGGAGCAUGCGCCACAGCAGCCGGCGCUGUAAGUACGUGUGCUGCAUCGAGGAGCACGCCGGCCAGCCGCUGUUCAAAGUGAAGGUGGUGGAGAAAGGCUACGAUGACCUCACGCUGAGCGGACCAACACCCAAAGCUGUGUGGGACCAGAUCCUGGAGCCAGUGUCCCGCCUGAGAGCGUGCACGGGGACGCUGAAGCUGUUCCCAGUCUACCUGAAAGGAGAGGACCUGUUCGGUUUGACCACGUCUGCCGUGACCCGGAUCAUCGAGUCUCUGCCAGGUGUGGAGACCUGUGAGCGCUACACCUUCCGUUACGGCAGGAACCCUCUCAUGGAGUGGCCUCUGGCCUUCAACCCGUCUGGUUCGGCCCGCUCUGAACCCAAAGCCUGCCAGAUCAAGAGACCCAACCUGUUGACCAGCAUCGCUCCCAGGUGUCAGGGCUCGGUGGGCUCCAUCGUGGGCCUCGUGCCCGGCGUCAUCUCUCUGUCUCCGGGCGAGUCGGUGGCCGGCGCUCACCAGGGGCGCCACUCCAAGGCGGCCCAGUACAGACGCAUGAAGGCCGAGUGGAAGACCAACGUCUACCUGGCCCGCUCUCGCAUCCAGGGUCUGGGUCUGUAUGCUGCCAGAGACAUUGAGAAAUGCACCAUGGUCAUCGAGUACAUCGGCACCAUCAUCAGGAGUGAAGUAGCCAAUCGUAAAGAGAGGCUGUACGAGUCACAGAACCGCGGUGUGUACAUGUUUCGUAUCGACAACGACUUCGUGAUCGACGCCACCAUCACUGGAGGACCGGCCAGGUACAUCAACCACUCGUGUUCUCCCAACUGCAUCACAGAGGUGGUCACCGUGGAGAAGGAGAACAAGAUCAUCAUCAGCUCCUGCAGACGCAUCCAGAGAGGAGAAGAGCUGUCUUACGACUACAAGUUCGACCUGGAGGAUGAUCAACAUAAGAUCCCGUGUCACUGUGGAGCUGUCAACUGCCGCAAAUGGAUGAACUGAACGAACGAUCACACUCACACACUCACACUCACACACUCACACACUCUCACACACACUCACACACACUCACACACUCACACACUCACACACACUCUCACACACUCACACACACACUCUCAUACACACACACACUCACACACACACUCUGGCAGCUCUCUCUCUCUCGGUGCUGAAACUGGAUGUUGAUCGCCCGUCGCUGUGUGGGCGGAGCUACACUUAAUAGAAGUCCAAUCAUCGAACAGAUCAGAGAUAAUAAUGAGGGGGCGGGGCUACACCUGUGUGUGGGCGGGGUUACUGUGGGCAGGUGUGAGGGGGCGGGGCUUAUGACGAGGCUGGUCCUCUGUGUGUAUAUUGAGUGUAAAUGUGAAAUAUGAGACGCUUCAUGAAGCUGCACUAACCCACGAUUCCACACAACAUACUUGAUUCCUUCUCCUCCUCCUGCUGCUCCUCCUCCUGCUCCUGCUGCUCCUGCUCCUGCGUUGUGUUCAUGUCCUGUAAAAUAAGAGAUUGUUUUUGUAUUUAUUACUGAAUGAAGAUAUUUUUUAGUCCACGGUGCGUUCGAGGUCCGGAGCUGCGGCGUGUAAAUAUGUGUAUGAUACAUCGUCAUCCUCACCUUCAUCAGCUGUCCGUCUUUCUGUUUCCUGUCCCGGCGCUGGAGCCCGGUGCACUCUGAUUGGACAAAGACUGAACAGUGUCGGGUUUCACCGCGGCCUUCAGCUGACCUCAGUGUCUUUGAGUUUGCCCAGAGUUUUGUCUGCAGGCGUCGUGUUUUUGUUUCACUGAGUCCUGCUGCGUGUACAGACGAGGUUUCACCAGGACUCUGACUUUUUUUAUUAUUGGAUGUGAUGAUGAUGAUGAUGAUGAUGAUGAUGAUGAAGAAAUGUGGAAUCUGAUUUAGAAUCAUUUACAAAAAUAAAAUAUUUUACAUCUUAAAGAAA